CAUAUGAUAGAUCUUAUUUUAUGAAAAAUCAUCUAGCAAAUUACUGCGAAGAUUGUUCUAAUGAAAUUAAUACUUAUUGGCAACAAAGAUUAGCUAAUGAAGUUAAUAAUUAUACUCAAAAUAUUUCUGAGUGUUCGCCUGAACCUCUUCCUUAUGAUAUUAAUAAUCAAAUUAAUUAA